CCUUGCCCCAUCUGGUUUGCUUCAUUCGCUUACUGUCUCCCUCCCAGAAUCCCAGAUCCAUCUCCAACUCUCAUUCUCUCUCUCUCGCUCGUCUGCUUCAAUGGCUUCUGAAGAUUCCCUCUCAUCGAACCCUCUGUUGCAGAGUUUCGAGUUCCCUCCGUUUGACGUCGUUGGUGCUCAGCAUGUCCGACCCGGGAUUCGUGCUCUCUUGCAGCAGCUCGAAGCUGAAUUGGAGCAGCUAGAAAAAACCGUAGAGCCUUCAUGGCCCAAACUUGUGGAGCCACUAGAGAAGAUUAUUGAUCGGUUAUCUGUUGUUUGGGGAAUUAUCAAUCACCUUAAGUCUGUCAAGGACACACCGGAGCUUCGUGCUGCCAUUGAAGAAGUUCAGCCCGAGAAGGUGAAGUUCCAGCUCAGGCUGGGGCAGAGCAAGCCCAUUUACAGUGCAUUUAAGUCUAUUCGAGAAUCUCCAGACUGGAAAACACUGAGCGAAGCUCGUCAACGAUUAAUAUGCGCUUACUAUGGCAUCCGUGUGUUUUCAGCUCAAAUCAAGGAGGCGGUUCUCAGUGGUAUUGCUCUUGAAGAUGACAAGAGGGAAGAAUUUAACAAAAUUGAACAGGAACUUGAAAAACUUGCCCACAAGUUUUCUGAAAAUGUUUUGGACGCUACAAAGAAGUUUGAAAAGUUGAUAACAGACAAGAAAGAGAUCGAGGGGUUGCCGCCAUCUGCACUUGGACUCUUCGCACAAGCAGCUGUUUCCAAGGGCCAUGAAAGCGCAACUGCUGACACUGGACCAUGGCUCAUUACACUGGAUGCUCCUAGUUAUCUCCCCGUCAUGCAACAUGCCAAAAAUCGUGCUCUGCGCGAGGAAGUCUACCGUGCUUACUUAUCUCGAGCCUCUUCGGGUGAUUUAGAUAAUACAGCAAUUAUCGACCAAAUCUUGAAGCUUCGACUAGAAAAGGCUAAACUUCUUGGCUACAGAAAUUACGCUGAGGUAAGCAUGGCCACGAAAAUGGCUACUGUAGAGAAAGCAGAUGAGCUACUAGAAAAGCUUCGCAGUGCUUCUUGGGAUCCUGCUGUUCAAGACAUAGAAGACCUUAAGAGUUUUGCAAAGAACCAAGGUGCCGCAGAAGCUGACAGUCUGACGCACUGGGACAUCACUUUCUGGAGUGAGAGGCUCCGUGAAUCCAAAUAUGAUAUUAAUGAGGAAGAACUACGACCUUACUUCUCACUGCCAAAGGUUAUGGAUGCGCUUUUCGGUCUAGCUAAGACACUAUUUGGAAUUGAUGUGGUGCCAGCGGAUGGUGUUGCUCCGGUCUGGAACAGCGAAAUUAGGUUCUAUUGCGUCAAAGAUUCCUCUGGAAAUCCAACUGCCUAUUUCUACUUUGAUCCAUACUCUCGUCCUUCAGAAAAGAAAGACGGCGCUUGGAUGGAUGAAGUUUUUUCCCGUAGCCGAGUAAUGGCCCAGAAGGGCUCCUCGGUUAGGCUACCUGUUGCGCACAUGGUCUGCAACCAAACCCCACCAGUUGGUGACAAGCCAAGCCUUAUGACAUUCCGUGAGGUAGAGACUGUGUUCCAUGAAUUUGGACAUGCUCUCCAGCACAUGCUUACCAAAGAGGAUGAGGGGCUAGUUGCUGGUAUCCGAAAUAUCGAGUGGGAUGCAGUCGAACUACCUUCACAGUUUAUGGAGAACUGGUGCUACCACAGGGAUACCUUAAUGAGCAUUGCUAAGCAUUAUCAAACAGGAGAAACUCUACCUGAGAAUGUAUACAAGAAGCUCCUGGCUGCAAGAACAUUCCGUGCAGGGUCCCUUAGUCUUCGUCAGUUGAAGUUUGCUACAGUUGAUCUGGAGCUGCACACAAAAUAUACUCCAGGUGGGACAGAGUCUAUCUACGAUGUUGAUCGAAGGGUGUCCAUAAAGACACAAGUCAUCCCUCCCCUUCCUGAGGAUAGAUUCCUCUGUAGCUUCAGCCAUAUAUUUGCGGGCGGUUACGCGGCUGGAUAUUACAGUUAUAAGUGGGCUGAGGUUUUGUCUGCGGAUGCGUUUUCAGCUUUUGAAGAUGCUGGAUUGGAUGACAUCAAGGCUGUUAAAGAAACAGGACAGAGAUUCAGAAACACCAUACUUGCUCUGGGAGGAGGAAAAGCACCUCUACAAGUGUUUGUGGAGUUCAGAGGACGAGAACCUUCCCCAGAGCCUCUGCUCAGGCACAAUGGACUCUUCGCUGCUUCUGCUUGAAACUAAUGUUUGCUCUUUUAAGUGGUUUCGUCUAAAGAGAGUCAGCCUCGUAACUUCCUUUUAGGAUUAAUAAUGUCGUCCAAUAAAAUGAAACUUUAUACUUAGAACGUGUUCACUGAGCAUGUUUUGUCAAGUAUUGUAGUCCAUCUUAUCAAUCAAAAUCCAAAGAUGUGAGACUGGUGAUAUAGUUAUGCUUCAUAAUAAAUAAAAAACGAACAGAGAUUCCUUCUUCGUGUUUGUACAGAUCUCUCAACAUAUUCUUCCCGAAAAAGAAGAAAGAGACAAAUAUGAAGAAACCCACCAAAUGAUCCUCUUCAUCUUUACUAGGUCACUCUCAAGUCUCAAACCUCUGUUCGUCUUCUUGUCACCAAUAAUCUAAAAGAACUAAAGAAGCUUAAUUUGAAUGAGAAGAGAAACUCUUCCAUUUCUUUCUCAACCUAGGAAUCCCUAACUACCCUUUACAAUUUUUUCCUCUCUAUCUACGAUUUCCUAACACUCAAAAACCUUUUCUUCAUUAGAAUUUUCCCUUUCUUUCCCUUUACACCGAACUACCUCUGCCCAGAUCCUCCGAUUCUACUCUCCUGGGGACUGGAGUUGUUAAGCUUAUAUAUGUUCCGGGGCUUCUUUUGCAUCCACAAAUGGCGAUUGCACACUAUCAGCAUCUGAAUCACUUCCCGAUGAACUCCCUGACUCUGAAUCUGCAUAAAGGAAGAACUGCCACUGGAACUAGAGCUGCCAGAAGAACUUGCAGCAGCAGCAGCGGUGGCUGUACAAUCCCUUUCAAUCUCCACUGAUGGAUAAUCCUCUAUUGGUAUAUCUUCUCCGAUGUCUACAUCUUCUUCUCCUGUGUCACCUCCUUUCCUCCCUCUCUUCUCAGCACUUCCCAUUUCUGUCACCAGCGGCUGAUUCCUAGGGGGAGUUGACACAUUCUGGAUGAACCCUUGUCGCUUGAUCUUGCUUGCCAUCUUUUUGUGGUUAGUGACGAAACGAUCAAGCUCCCAUAGAGUCUCAUUGUCUAAUGCUUCGAUAUCUAGUUCAAUUUCAUCCCCGUCUUGAGGUAGAGGUUCAGUUCUCUUCUUCAGAAUCUGAAUCAACUGUCCAAGCUUCUCUGGAGGCAACUCCUGUAGGUCUACGCCAAGAUUUGCCUUUUCGUCCAUUGUCAUUUGCCGCUUGUUCGGAUCCUUAGCCUUGGGCUUUGGUAACUUCCCUUUCCUUCCCUUACUCGCUUUACCCACUUCAAGAGGUGCUUCGACUUGGUUAACCGGCUGGGGAGCUGCUUCGACUUUGCUAACCGCCGGCUGGAGAGGUUGUGGUUGUGGCUGAGCCGGUGACGGAGGAGGAGAUGGGAUACGUGGAAGCUCAAUUACCGGAGGAGUGAAUGCAGGUAGUGGCUUCACUGAAUCUAGCUUUUUAGCUAUAGAAAUCUGGUCAGGGCCUUUCCUUGCAUUCUCCGCCAUAUGAUUCUGAUGCCACACUCUUGGUUUGAGCUCAGGUUCAGGACGAGAAGAUGAUCCCAUGACUUUCAGCUGUUGAGCCUCGAAUCUCAUCAAUGUAGGGUUGAACCAAACGUCGAAUUGAGCCAGAAGCUUCUCGGCCAUUUUAUAAACGUCUUGGUCCAUCGGGUUGUACGCCAACGCGUUGGUGAAAGUCAACCUAACAUCGGAGGCGAAAUCAAUCGGCGAUCUGUAAAAACCCUUUUCCAGAUUCAACUUCACCGUGCCCAGAUCCAUAGGCUUCCUCACGAUCAGAUGGUAAUCGUGAAGCCCUAAACCUAACACAUCCACAGGGUUGUUGAAAACCCAUGACCAUUUCUGCUUCAUCAGCUUCGCCAGGACCUGGCCGCACGUCGACAUCAUACUCUUCAACGCCUUCUCUGACUCCCGGUCCAUAUCCACCGGACGCUUACGGCCAGGCUCGUUCACAGCAAAAGGAUUAAUUCGCUUCUGACCAUGCCCAGUUUUCUUCUUCUUCGUCUUCUUCACUCCAACGUCAUUCGUUUCAUCAGCAAAGCUACGAGCCGGGGUAGUAUACACAGGACCGCUCACGAACGUCCCCGAUUCGAUCCGUUCCCUGAGGAACCGAACUUGCUCGAGCUCCAAAUUGAGGCGCUUCUUCAGCUCCCUGAGCUGGCUCGCGGUGUAUCCAUCGAGAUCAAAGGAAACGAAGCCUCCACAAGGUACCGAAUCACCGAGCUGCUUGCUCGAAUUGUUCCCGCAAGCCGAGAUUGGGUUAGGGUUAGGGUUGAAAAGAGGGUUGUUGAAAUCAUCGGAGAGGGGUUGGUUAGUGUAUUUCCUCAUAAAAACGGCGCCACAUUGUCCCUGAAACGACGGUUCGUUUACGAGGUUAGCCAAAACCGCCGGUGCCAUACAUUAAUUGAAGGGCACAAUAACAUUUCAGGGGGGAAUCUCUCUUCUCUCUCCACCGGAAUCAGAUCACAGGUCUGACCCUUCUAGAAAACUAAAAGAGGGAAAAUAUUAACGUCACCGGAAAACAAUUCCGGCGAUCGGGAAAAGAAGAGAAAGAAGAUAGUGUUGGAUUUUUGUUUUGAGAGCAGA